GCGUUGUUUCACAGGAAACUGCAGAGGAUGUUGCAUUGUUUUGGGACUGAGAUCAUCCAGAUCCCCCCCGGAUUUAUGGCGUGACACACCUUAAUAAAUCCUGCUUGCGAAAUGUGGUUGUGUACAGUACUUACAAAAAGCCAAAGGUCAUCUACUCUAUGGAAAAAGGCCGAACAAGCCUCUCUUAUCGCCUUGAUGACGUGCGAGCUUUCCUCUUGCAAGCUUUUCAGCCGUGCAGCAUGCAAAUCAGAGAGAGGAUCGUUCUGCAGGUGACAAAGUUUCAUCUUUACACUUCCCAGACUUCCUUUUAAGUUCCCCAAAAACUGUGUUUAUAAAGCGACUCAUCAACUAAACACACCCGCAUGACUUUGGAGCAGCGCUCUUGUCACGUCAGGGAUUUCGCAGCUUACCGCGGGGUCGGUUUUCCCAGGAAUGCAGACGGACUACUCCGGACAAGGCGUGCAGGUAUUUCCAAAGCUGCAUCUCAACCUCUCCCCGUCAGUGAUCGAACAGCUAAGGCUUGUUUCUCCUUAUCCAGCCAAACACAGCACUCCUGAUCCAGAACUACAGCGUCACCAUGCCGACGGCCGCCAUAUCUGUAGCAACCAGGCAUCCUCAGAGGAGUUUGGCCGUUUAUGAUGUUUCUACGCAGGCCGGGACCCACUGAGACCACAGAGUGUUGAGAGAUGCUUCAUCAGUGGAGCCUCCUCGUCGUCACUCUGCUGAGGACGGGGCUCGUGGGGGGCUGCCUGUGUCCACCUGCCACCAUCUUGUCUGCGCUCCCAACCGAGGUCCCCGUCACCGUCUGUUGCCUAAACUUCUCCGGCUCCACUUUGGACCAGGUGCAGUGGUCUCGGCUGACCAACCAGACCGGCCUGCAGAUUCUGGAUCUUUCCCACUGCAACAUCACCUCAGUGAAGCUGGCAGGGGUGGGGGCCUCCUUGCUGGAAAAGGUUUACUUGGGCCACAACGGAAUAGCAGUUCUGCCACAGAACUUCCUGGCCGGACAGCCCCGCUUGGAGGAGGUGGAUCUCAGCCGGAAUAGACUUAAGAAGCUCCCAGAAGGUUUCCUGCAGGAUUCGGACAACCUGAAGAGGUUGUUUCUGCAGGACAACCAGCUUCGCUUCCUUCCAGCCUCGGUGCUGCAGAGGCCCGCUCUGCAGAGCUUGGAGCUGGCCGGGAACCCUUGGGACUGCUCCUGCUCUUUCCUGGAUGUCCUGCGGGAGAACAAGGACACAAAGACAGAGGGCUUGACGAGAAACUGGACGUGCGUCUCCCCCUGGAAACUGUCAGGCCGGGCGGUGUGGUCCGUGAACUUCAGCGACGUGUGCCGCCCGACCAGCCUCACUGCCCUCUUCAUUGCCCUCCCGCUCCUCAUCCUUUCCACCCUCGUGGUCUGCUGGUGCUGCGGGAGGAAGAGGAAAGAAGCCCCCAUGUUGGGGGCCUCCAAAAAAAGGACUUGCCGUUUCCAUGGCACCGGGGCGAAAGGUCCCCGCAAGAUGCCGGCCCCUGAAAGUGCCGAGAAGAAGUCGAUCGACAGCGUCAAGGUUCCAAAACUCCUGGGCGAUGAAGAGAAGGAGGUCCAGAAGGGUUCUGUGGAGUCUCUCCCGCCAGGCUUCGGCUCCCCAGAGGCAAAGCCGAGCAAGUCCGAGUUUGACUCAGUUAGUGUGACGGAGGUGUUGAAAGACUCGACGGCCCGGGAGAAAGCGUACAUGACUCAGUCCACGGAAUAUUAUAGUCUGGUACCAGGAAUACAGUUGGAUGACUCAGACCAUGGCGAGUAUGACAAGGUGGACAUUUAAAGGCCUACUGAAAGCCACUACUAGCGACCACACAGUCUGAUAGUUUUAAGUUUCACCUUAAAACUCAUUUGUAUACUCUAGCCUUUAAAUAUACCUCCUUUUUAGACCAGUUGAUCUGCCGUUUCUUUUCUUUUUCUCCUAUGUCCCACUCUCCCUUGUGGAGGGGCUCCGGUCCGAUCCGGUGGCCAUGUACUGCUCGCCUGUGUAUCGGCUGGGGACAUCUCUGCCCUGCUGAUCCACCUCCGCUUGGGAUGAUUUCCUGCUGGCUCCGCUGUGAACGGGACUCUCGCUGCUGUGUUGGAUCCGCUUUGGACUGGACUCUCGCGACUGUGUUGGAUCCAUUAUGGAUUGAACUUUCACAGUAUCAUGUUAGACCCGCUCGACAUCCAUUGCUUUCCUCCUCUCCAAGGUUCUCAUAGUCAUCAUUGUCACCGACGUCCCACUGGGUGUGAGUUUUCCUUGCCCUUAUGUGGGCCUACCGAGGAUGUCGUAGUGGUUUGUGCAGCCCUUUGAGACACUAGUGAUUUAGGGCUAUAUAAGUAAACAUUGAUUGAUUGAUUGAUAUAUCAAUGAUGAAAUAUUAACAUUGCAACACAUGCCAAUACGGCCUUUUUAGUUUACUAAAUUACAAUCUUAAAUUUCCCGGGGAGUUUCUUGUUGAAAACGUCGCGGAAUGAUGACGCGUGAGUGUGACGUCACCGGUUGUAGCAAACAUGUUCUUCCAGCCCGAUCCAAGCUAUAAGUAGUCUGCUUUAAUCGCAUAAUUACACAAUAUUCUGGACAUCUGUGUUGCUGAAUCUUUUGCAAUUUGUUCAAUUGAUAAUGGAGACGUCAAAGAAGAAAGCUGUAGGUGGGAAGCGGUGUAUUGCGGCCGCCUUUAGCAACACAAACACAGCCGCUGUUUCCUUGUUUACAUUCCCGAAGGUGAAGCUUUACUAUGGAACAGAGCGGUCAAGCGGCAGGUUUCGGUGAGAAAAUUGUGGUAAUAAGUCGGCUCUUACCGUAGACAUGAGCGGAGCUUGCGUCCUCCUGCAGCUGCGGACUAUUACCUCCUCCCACUGGAGACACUGGCGGUCACCACACCCUUGGCCACACCCCUCCGACUUUCAGGUACCAUAUAAUCUCACUAAAACACUAGUAACACAAUAAGCAGAUAAGGGAUUUUCCAGAAUUAUCCAAGUAAAUGUGUCUAAUAACAUCUGAAUCGCUACCACUGCCCUCGCCUAUUUUUUUUCUCUAGUCCUUCACUUUCACUAUCCUCAUCCACGAAUCUUUCGUCCUCACUCAAAUUAAUGGAGAAAUUGUCGCUUUUUUGGUCCGAAUCGCUCUCGCUGCUGGUGGCCAUGAUUGUAAACAAUGUUCAGAUGUGAGGAGCUCCACAACCCGUGACGUCACGCGCACAUCGUCUGCUACUUCCAGUACAGGCAAGGCUUUUUCAUUAGAGACCAAAAGUUGCGAAUUUUAUCGUGGAUGUUCUCUACUAAAUCCUUUCAGCAAAAAUAUGGCAAUAUCGUCAAAAUGAUGAAGUAUGACACAUAGAAUGGACCUGCUAUCCCCGUUUAAAUAAGAACAUCUCAUUUCAGUAGGUCUUUAGAAUGUUUGUUUUGGAAACUCACCGCGAUGGAAAAUCCAUCCAUCCAUCCAUCCAUUUCCUACCGCUUAUUCCCUUUUGGGGACGCGGGGGGCGCUGGUGCCUAUCUCGGCUACAAUCGGGCGGAAGGCGGGGUACACCCUGGACAAGUCAUGGAAAAUCCUGUGGUUGAAAAUAUGAUUUUCCAUCCAUCAAUCCAUCUUCUUCCGCUUAUCCAAGGUCGGGCUGCGGGGGCAGCAGCCUAAGCAGGGAAGCCCAGAUUUCCUUCUUCCCAACCACUUUGUCCAGCUCUUACCGGGGAAUCCCGAGGCGUUCCCAGGCCAGCCGGGAGACAUAGUCUUCCCAACGUGUCCUGGGUCUUCCCCGCGGCCUGAACACCUCCCUAGGGAGGCGUUCGGGUGGCAUCCUGACCAGAUGCCUGAACCACCUCAUCUGGCUCCUCUCCAUGUGGAGGAGCGGAGGCUUUACUUUGAGUUCCUCCCGGAUGACAGAGCUUCUCACCCGAUCUCUAAGGGAGAGACCGCUUGUACCCGUGAUCUUAUCCUUUCGGUCAUGACCCAAAGCUCAUGACCAUAGGUGAGGAUGGGAACGUAGAUCGACCGGUAAAUUGAGAGCUUUGCCUUCCGGCUCAGCUCCUUCUUCACCACAACGGAUCGGUACAACGUCCGCAUUACUGAAGACGUCGCACCGAUCCGCCUGUCGAUCUCACCAUCCACUCUUCCCCCACUCGUGAACAAGACUCCUAGGUACUUGAACUCCUCCACUUGGGGCAGGGUCUCCUCCCCAACCCGGAGAUGGCAUUCCACCCUUUUCCGGGCGAGAACCAUGGACUUUUUUUUGCAUUACAUUGCUGUUUGCCGUGUACGCUCACAUAAAAAAUGUGCAAAACAUUCAUACUUUGGCCUAUUUUCAAUACUUCUGAUGAUAUCAAGAACUGUAUUUUUGUAAAGUUCCACUUCCUGGACAUGUAACAUAUUGAACUGAGUGAAUAAGAACCAUCAUGGCUGUUUUUGAAAUGA